CUAGCAAAGGUUAUCAUCGUCCUGGGGUUAGUUGGGUCCACUUUUGGAUUGUUCCUGCCCUUCAAUGACAGCCUUCACAAGACGGGUGUUCAUGGACCUGUGGAAAUCAGAAGGCAUCACAAAAAUUUCACAUGCGAAGACUGUGUAAACCAUAACUCCUCCCACGGACAUAGCAUAUCAAUUGAAAUAAUGCUGAGCAUCUCCGACUCACAUGAAUCAGAAAACUCCGAGUCCUCUGGGAACCACAACUCUGGAUGCGAUAAUGAUGUUAACUGCAAUGAGAGUAGCGACUCUAGUGAAGAUUCCAGCGAAAUUACUUGUGAAGAGAGCAAUGAAAACAUAACUGAAGACACAACUGAAGACACAAGUGAAGAUACAACUGAAAACACAACUGAAGACACAACUGAAGACACCACUGAGGACACAACUGAGGACACAACUGAAGACACAACUGAGGACACAACUGAGGACACAACUGAGGACACAACUGAAGACACAACUGAAGACACAAGUGAAGAUACAACUGAAAACACAACUGAAGACACAACUGAAGACACCACUGAGGACACAACUGAAGACACAACUGAAGACACAACUGAGGACACAACUGAAGACACCACUGAAGACACAACUGAAGACACAACUGAAGACACCACUGAGGACACAACUGAAGACACAACUGAAGACACAACUGAAGAAACAACUGAGGACACAACUGAGGACACGACUGAAGACACCACUGAAGACACAACUGAGGACACAACUGAGGACACAACUGAAGACACAACUGAAGACACCACUGAAGACACCACUGAAAACACAACUGAAGACACAACUGAAAACACCACUGAAGACACCACUGAAGACACAACUGAGGACACAACGGAAGACACAACUGAGGACACAACUGAAGACACAACUGAAGACACAACUGAGGACACAACUGAAGACACAACUGAAGACACAACUGAGGACACAACUGAAGACACAACUGAAGACACAACUGAAGAAACCACUGAGGACACAACUGAAGACACAACUGAAGACACCACUGAAGACACAACUGAAGACACAACUGAGGACACAACUGAAGACACAACUGAAGACACCACUGAAGACACCACUGAAGACACAACUGAGGACACAACUGAAGACACAACUGAAGACACAACUGAAGACACAACUGAAGAAACAACUGAAGACACAACUGAGGACACAACUGAAGACACAACUGAAGACACAACUGAGGACACAACUGAAGACACAACUGAAGAAACAACUGAAGACACAACUGAGGACACAACUGAAGACACAACUGAAGACACAACUGAGGACACCACUGAAGACACAACUGAAGACACCACUGAAGAAACAACUGAAGACACAACUGAGGACACCACUGAAGACACAACUGAAGACACAACUGAGGACACAACUGAAGACACAACUGAGGACACAACUGAAGACACCAAUGAAGACACCACUGAAGACACAACUGAAGACACAACUGAGGACACAACUGAAGACACAACUGAAGACACAACUGAAGAGACAAAUGAGGACACAACUGAAGACACAACUGAAGACACCACUGAAGACACAACUGAAGACACAACUGAAAACACAACUGAGGACACAACUGAAGACACAACUGAAGACACAACUGAGGACACAACUAAAGACACAACUGAGGACACAACUGAAGACACCACUGAAGACACAACUGAGGACACAACUCAUGACACAACUGAAGACACCACUGAAGACACCACUGAAGACACAACUGAAGACACAACUGAGGACACAACUGAAGACACAACUGAGGACACAACUGAGGACACAACUGAAGACACAACUGAGGACACAACUGAGGACACAACUGAAGACACAACUGAGGACACAACUGAAGACACAACUGAAGACACAACUGAGGACACAACUGAGGACACAACUGAAGACACAUCUGAGGACACAACUGAGGACACAACUGAAGACACAACUGAGGACACAACUGAGGACACAACUGAAGACACAACUGAAGACACAACUGAGGACACAACUGAAGACACAACUGAGGACACAACUGAAGACACAACUGAGGACACAACUGAGGACACAACUGAAGACACCACUGAAGACACAACUGAAGACACAACUGAGGACACAACUGAAGACACCACUGAAGAGACAACUGAAGACACAAUUGAAGACACCACUGAGGACACAACUGAAGACACAACUGAGGAGACAACUGAAGACACAACUGAGGACACAACUGAAGACACAACUGAAGUCACAACUGAAGACACCACUGAAGACACCACUGAGGACACAACUGAGGACACAACUGAGGACACAACUGAAGACACAACUGAAGACACAACUGAGGACACAACUGAAGACACUACUGAAGACACCACUGAAGAAACCACUGAGGACACAACUGAAGACACAACUGAGGACACAACUGAGGACACAACUGAAGACACAACUGAAGACACAACUGAAGAAACCACUGAGGACACAACUGAAGACACAACUGAAGACACAACUGAAGACACAACUGAAGAAACCACUGAGGACACAACUGAAGACACAACUGAAGACACAACUGAAGAAACCACUGAGGACACAACUGAAGACACAACUGAAGACACAACUGAGGACACAACUGAGGACACAACUGAAGACACAACUGAGGACACAACUGAGGACACAACUGAAGACACAACUGAAGAAACCACUGUGGACACAACUGAAGACACAACUGAAGACACAACUGAGGACACAACUGAGGACACAACUGAAGACACAACUGAAGACACAACUGAAGAAACCAAUGAGGACACAACUGAAGACACAACUGAAGACACAACUGAGGACACAACUGAAGACACAACUGAAGACACAACUGAGGACACAACUGAAGACACAACUGAGGACACCACUGAAGACACAACUGAGGACACAACUGAGGACACAACUGAAGACACAACUGAGGACACAACUGAAGACACAACUGAGGACACAACUGAAGACACCACUGAAGACACCACUGAAGACACAACUGAGGACACAACUGAGGACACAACUGAGGACACAACUGAACACACCACUGAAGACACCAAUGAAGACACAACUGAAGACACAACUGAAAAGACAACUGAAGAUACAACUGAGGACACAACUGAAGACACAACUGAGGACACCACUGAAGACACAACUGAGGACACAACUGAGGACACAACUGAAGACACAACUGAAGACACAACUGAAGACACAACUGAGGACACAACUGAGGACACAACUGAAGACACAACUGAGGACACCACUGAAGACACAACUGAGGACACAACUGAGGACACAACUGAAGACACAACUGAGGACACAACUGAAGACACCACUGAAGACACCAAUGAAGACACAACUGAAGACACAACUGAAGAGACAACUGAAGAUACAACUGAGGACACAACUGAAGAUACAACUGAGGACACAACUGAAGACACAACUGAGGACACCACUGAAGACACAACUGAAGACACAACUGAGGACACAACUGAAGACACAACUGAGGACACCACUGAAGACACCACUGAAGACACAACUGAGGACACAACUGAGGACACAACUGAAGACACAACUGAGGACACCACUGAAGACACAACUGAGGACACAACUGAGGACACAACUGAAGACACAACUGAGGACACAACUGAAGACACCACUGAAGACACCACUGAAGACACAACUGAGGACACAACUGAGGACACAACUGAGGACACAACUGAACACACCACUGAAGACACCACUGAAGACACAACUGAAGACACAACUGAAGAUACAACUGAGGACACAACAGAAGACACCACUGAAGACACAACUGAGGACACAACUGAAGAUACAACUGAGGACACAACUGAAGACACCACUGAAGACACCACUGAGGACACAACUGAGGACACAACUGAAGACACCACUGAAGACACAACUGAGGACACAACUGAAGACACAACUGAGGACACAACUGAAGACACCACUGAAGACACAACUGAAGACACAACUGAAGACACCACUGAGGACACAACUGAAGACACAACUGAAGACACCACUGAAGACACCACUGAGGACACAACUGAAGACACCACUGAAGACACCACCGAAGACACAACUGAAGGCACAACUGAGGACACAACUGAAGACACAACUGAAGACACAACCGAAGAAACCACUGAGGAGACAACUGAAGACACAAUUGAAGACACAACUGAAGACAUAACUGAAGACACAACUGAAGACACAACUGAAGAAACCACUGAAGACACCACUGAAGACACCACCGAAGACACAACUGAAGGCACAACUGAGGACACAACUGAAGACACAACUGAAGACACAACUGAAGAAACCACUGAAGAGACAACUGAAGACACAAUUGAAGACACAACUGAAGACAUAACUGAAGACACAACUGAAGACACAACUGAAGAAACCACUGAGGACACAACUGAAGACACAACUGAAGACACCACUGAAGACACAACUGAAGACACAACUGAGGACACAACUGAAGACACAACUGAAGACACAACUGAGGACACAACUGAAGACACAACUGAAGACACAACUGAAGACACCACUGAGGACACCACUGAAGACACAACUGAAGACACCACUGAAGAAACAACUGAAGACACAACUGAGGACACCACUGAAGACACAACUGAAGACACAACUGAGGACACAACUGAAGACACAACUGAGGACACAACUGAAGACACCAAUGAAGACACCACUGAAGACACAACUGAAGACACAACUGAAGACACAACUGAAGACACAACUGAAGAGACAACUGAGGACACAACUGAAGACACAACUGAAGACACAACUGAAGAGACAACUGAAGACACAACUGAAGACACAACUGAAGACACCACUGAAGAGACAACUGAAGACACAACUGAGGACACAACUGAAGACACAACUGAAGACUCCACUGAAGACACCACUGAAGACACAAUUGAAGACACAACUGAAAACACAAAUGAGGACACAACUGAAGACACAACUGAAGACACAACUGAGGACACAACUGAAGACACCACUGAAGACACAACUGAGGACACAACUGAGGACACAACUGAAGACACCACUGAAGACACCACUGAAGACACAACUGAAGACACAACUGAGGACACAACUGAAGACACAACUGAGGACACAACUGAGGACACAACUGAAGACACAACUGAGGACACAACUGAGGACACAACUGAAGACACAACUGAGGACACAACUGAAGACACAACUGAAGACACAACUGAGGACACAACUGAAGACACAACUGAGGACACAACUGAGGACACAACUGAAGACACAACUGAGGACACAACUGAGGACACAACUGAAGACACAACUGAAGACAUAACUGAGGACACAACUGAAGACACAACUGAGGACACAACUGAAGACACAACUGAGGACACAACUGAGGACACAACUGAAGACACCAAUGAAGACACAACUGAAGACACAACUGAGGACACAACUGAAGACACCACUGAAGAGACAACUGAAGACACAAUUGAAGACACCACUGAGGACACAACUGAAGACACCACUGAGGAGACAACUGAAGACACAACUGAGGACACAACUGAAGACACAACUGAAGACACAACUGAAGACACCACUGAAGACACCACUGAGGACACAACUGAGGACACAACUGAAGACACAACUGAAGACACAACUGAGGACACAACUGAAGACACUACUGAAGACACCACUGAAGACACCACUGAAGACACAACUGAAGACACAACUGAAGACACAACUGAAGAAACCACUGAGGACACAACUGAAGACACAACUGAAGACACAACUGAGGACACAACUGAGGACACAACUGAAGACACAACUGAGGACACAACUGAAGACACAACUGAGGACACCACAGAAGACACAACUGAGGACACAACUGAGGACACAACUGAAGACACAACUGAGGACACCACUGAAGACACAACUGAAGACACAACUGAGGACACAGUUGAGGACACAACUGAAGACACAACUGAGGACACCACUGAAGACACAACUGAGGACACAACUGAGGACACAACUGAAGACACAACUGAAGACACCACUGAAGACACAACUGAAGACACAACUGAAGACACAACUGAAGAAACCACUGAGGACACAACUGAAGACACAACUGAAGACACAACUGAGGACACAACUGAAGACACCACUGAAGACACCACUGAAGACACAACUGAGGACACAACUGAGGACACAACUGAGGACACAACUGAACACACCACUGAAGACACCACUGAAGACACAACUGAAGACACAACUGAAGAGACAACUGAAGACACAACUGAGGACACAACUGAAGAUACAACUGAGGACACAACAGAAGACACCACUGAAGACACCACUGAGGACACAACUGAGGACACAACUGAAGAUACAACUGAGGACACAACUGAAGACACCAAUGAAGACACCACUGAGGACACAACUGAGGACACAACUGAAGACACCACUGAAGACACAACUGAGGACACAACUGAAGACACAACUGAGGACACAACUGAAGACACCACUGAAGACACAACUGAGGACACAACUGAAGACACAACUGAAGACACAACUGAGGACACAACUGAAGACACAACUGAAGACACAACUGAAGACACCACUGAAGACACAAAUGAAGCCACAACUGAGGACACAAGUGAAGACACCACUGAAGAGACAACUGAAGACACAAUUGAAGACACCACUGAGGACACAAUUGAAGACACAACUGAAGACACAACUGAAGACACCACUGAGGACACAACUGAGGACACAACUGAAGACACAACUGAAGAUACAACUGAGGACACAACUGAAGACACCACUGAAGACACCACUGAGGACACAACUGAAGACACAACUGAAGACACAACUGAAGAAACAACUGAAGACACAACUGAAGACACAACUGAAGAAACCACUGAAGACACAACUGAAGACACAACUGAAGAAACCACUGAGGACACCACUGAAGACACAACUGAAGACACCACUGAAGAAACAACUGAAGACACAACUGAGGACACCACUGAAGACACAACUGAAGACACAACUGAGGACACAACUGAAAACACAACUGAGGACACAACUGAAGACACCAAUGAAGACACCACUGAAGACACAACUGAAGACACAACUGAAGAGACAACUGAGGACACAACUGAGGACACAACUGAGGACACAACUGAAGACACAACUGAGGACACAACUGAAGACACAACUGAAGACACCACUGAAGACACCACUGAAGACACCACUGAAGACACAACUGAAGACACAACUGAAAACACAACUGAGGACACAACUGAAGACACAACUGAAGACACAACUGAGGACACCACUGAAGACACCACUGAAGACACAACUGAGGACACAACUGAGGACACAACUGAAGACACCAAUGAAGACACCACUGAAGACACAACUGAAGACACAACUGAGGACACAACUGAAGACACAACUGAGGACACAACUGAGGACACAACUGAAGACACAACUGAGGACACAACUGAAGACACAACUGAGGACACAACUGAGGACACAACUGAGGACACAACUGAAGACACAACUGAGGACACAACUGAAGACACAACUGAGGACACAACUGAGGACACAACUGAAGACACAACUGAGGACACAACUGAGGACACAACUGAAGACACAACUGAAGACACAACUGAGGACACAACUGAGAACACAACUGAAGACACCACUGAAGACACAACUGAAGACACAACUGAGGACACAACUGAAGACAGCACUGAAGAGACAACUGAAGACACAAUUGAAGACACCACUGAGGACACAACUGAAGACACUGCUGAAGACACCACUGAAGACACAACUGAAGACACAACUGAAGACACAACUGAAGAAACCACUGAGGACACAACUGAAGUCACAACUGAAGACACAACUGAGGACACAACUGAAGACACAACUGAGGACACAACUGAAGACACAACUGAGGACACCACUGAAGGCACAACUGAGGACACAACUGAGGACACAACUGAAGACACAACUGAGGACACCACUGAAGACACAACUGAAGACACAACUGAGGACACAGUUGAGGACACAACUGAAGACACAACUGAGGACACAACUGAAGACACAACUGAGGACACAACUGAGGACACAACUGAAGACACCACUGAAGACACCACUGAAGACACAACUGAGGACACAACUGAGGACACAACUGAACACACCAAUGAAGACACCACUGAAGACACAACUGAAGACACAACUGAAGAGACAACUGAAGACACAACUGAGGACACAACUGAAGAUACAACUGAGGACACAACAGAAGACACCACUGAAGACACCACUGAGGACACAACUGAAGACACCACUGAAGACACAACUGAGGACACAACUGAAGAUACAACUGAGGACACAACUGAAGACACCAAUGAAAACACCACUGAGGACACAACUGAAGACACCACUGAAGACACAACUGAGGACACAACUGAAGACACAACUGAGGACACAACUGAAGACACCACUGAAGACACAACUGAGGACACAACUGAAGACACAACUGAAGACACAACUGAUGACACAACUGAAGACACAACUGAAGACACAACUGAGGACACAACUGAAGACACCACUGAAGACACAAAUGAAGACACAACUGAGGACACAACUGAAGACACCACUGAAGACACAAAUGAAGACACAACUGAGGACACAACUGAAGACACAACUGAAGACACAAUUGAAGACACCACUGAGGACACAAUUGAAGACACCACUGAGGAGACAACUGAAGACACAACUGAGGACACAACUGAAGACACAACUGAAGACACAACUGAAGACACCACUGAGGACAAAACUGAGGACACAACUGAAGACACAACUGAAGAUACAACUGAGGACACAAUUGAAGACACCACUGAAGACACCAAUGAGGACACAACUGAAGACACAACUGAAGACACAACUGAAGAAACCACUGAGGACACAACUGAAGACACAACUGAAGACACAACUGAGGACACCACUGAAGACACAACUGAGGACACAACUGAAGACACCACUGAAGAGACAACUGAAGACACAAUUGAAGACACCACUGAGGACACAAUUGAAGACACCACUGAGGAGACAACUGAAGACACAACUGAGGACACAACUGAAGACACAACUGAGGACACAACUGAAGACACCACUGAAGACACCACUGAGGACACAACUGAAGACACAACUGAGGACACAACUGAAGACACAACUGAAGACACAACUAAGGACACAACUGAGGACACAACUGAAGACACCACUGAAGACACAACUGAAGACACAACUGAAGAAACCACUGAGGACACAACUGAAGACACAACUGAAGACACAACUGAGGACACAACUGAAGACACAACUGAAGACACAACUGAGGACACAACUGAAGACACAACUGAGGAUACCACUGAAGACACAACUGAGGACACAACUGAGGACACAACUGAAGACACAACUGAGGACACCACUGAAGACACAACUGAAGACACAACUGAAGACACAAUUGAGGACACAACUGAAGACACAACUGAGGACACCACUAAAGACACAACUGAAGACACCACUGAAGACACCACUGAGGACACAACUGAGGACACAACUGAAGAUACAAUUGAGGACACAACUGAAGACACCACUGAAGAGACAACUGAGGACACAACUGAGGACACAACUGAAGAUACAACUGAGGACACAACUGAAGACACCACUGAAGACACCACUGAGGACACAACUGAGGACACAUCUGAAGACACCACUGAAGACACAACUGAGGACACAACUGAAGACACAACUGAGGACACAACUGAAGACACCACUGAAGACACAACUGAGGACACAACUGAAGACACAACUGAAGACACCACUGAAGACACAACUGAGGACACAACUGAAGACACAACGGAAGACACAACUGAGGACACAACUGAAGACACCACUGAAGACACCACUGAAGACACAACUGAAGACACAACUGAGGACACAACUGAAGACACCACUGAAGAGACAACUGAAGACACAAUUGAAGACACCACUGAGGACACAAUUGAAGACACCACUGAGGAGACAACUGAAGACACAACUGAGGACACAACUGAAGACACAACUGAAGACACCACUGAGGACACAAAUGAGGACACAACUGAGGACACAACUGAAGACACAACUGGUGACACCACUGAAGACACCACUGAAGACACCACUGAGGACACAACUGAAGACACAACUGAAGACACAACUGAAGAAACCACUGAGGACACAACUGAAUACACAACUGAGGACACAACUAAGGACACAACUGAAGACACAACCGAAGACACAACUGAGGACACAACUGAAGACACAACUGAGGACACCACUGAAGACAAAACUGAGGACACAACUGAGGACACAACUGAAGACACAACUGAGGACACCACUGAAGACACAACUGAAGACACAACUGAGGACACAACUGAGGACACAACUGAGGACACAACUGAAGACACAACUGAGGAUACCAUUGAAGACACAACUGAGGACACAAUUGAGGACACAACUGAAGACACAACUGAGGACACAACUGAAGACACCACUGAAGAGACCACUGAAGACACAACUGAGGACACAACUGAGGACACAACUGAGGACACAAAUGAAGACACCACUGAAGACACCACUGAAGACACAACUGAAGACACAACAGAAGAGACAACUGAGGACUCAACUGAGAACACAACUGAAGAUACAACUGAGGACACAACUGAAGACACCACUGAAGAGACAACUGAGGACACAACUGAGGACACAACUGAAGAUACAACUGAGGACACAACUGAAGACACCACUGAAGACACCACUGAGGACACAACUGAGGACACAACUGAAGAUACAACUGAGGACACAACUGAAGACACCACUGAAGACACCACUGAGGACACAACUGAGGACACAACUGAGGACACAACUGAAGACACCACUGAAGACACAACUGAGGACACAACUGAAGACACAACUGAAGACACCACUGAAGACACAACUGAGGACACAACUGAAGACACCGCUGAAGACACAACUGAGGACACAACUGAAGACACAACUGAAGACACAACUGAGGACACAACUGAAGACACCACUGAAGACACAACUGAGAGCACAACUGAAGACACAACAGAAGACACAACUGAGGACACAGCCGAAGACAAUACUGAAGACACCACUGAAGAGACAACUGAAGACACAACUGAAGACACUACUGAAGACACCACUGAGGACACAACUGAAGACACAACUGAGGACACAACUGAAGGCACAACUGAAGACACAUCUGAAGACACCCCUGAAGACAUAACUGAAGGCUCCACUGAAGACACAACUGACGACACAACUGAAGAGACAACUGAAGACACAACUGAAAACACCACCGAAGCCUCAACUGAGGUUACAACUAAACACAAAAAUGAACACACCACUGAAGGCACCACCGAAGCCACAACUGAGGUUACAACUAAACACAAAAAUGAACACACCACUGAAGGCACCACCGAAGCCACAACUGAGGUUACAACUAAACACAAAAAUGAACACACCACUGAAGGCACCACCGAAGCCACAACUGAGGUUACAACUAAACACAAAAAUGAACACACCACUGAAGGCACCACCGAAGCCACAACUGAGGUUACAACUAUAUAAAAAAAUACAAACACAAAGGCACCCAAAGGACACAACUGAAGACACAACUGAACAGACAACUGAGGACACAACUGAAGACACCACUGAAGACACAACUGAAGACACAACUGAACAGACAACUGAGGACACAACUGAAGACACAACUGAACAGACAACUGAGGACACAACUGAAGACACAACUGAAGA